GACAGGACACAUUGUGGGCCGGACACCCAAAGGCAGGGCUCCGGCCACGGCGGACACAAUGUCAGGUGCCCCAUCCUGCCCAGCCAACAUCUCCGCAGCUGCUGACCGGGUCCUCAGUGGCUUCCAGGAAGGCUUCCUGUGGCCCCUGCUGGUGACCGAGUUCCUGGUGGCCGUGGCUGGUAACAGCCUGGCCCUCUACCGCUUCGGCACGCGGGAGCCGCGCCCCUGGCACCCGGCCGUGAUCUUCUCGGCCCAGCUGGCUGUCAGCGAUCUGCUCUACGCCCUGACACUGCCCCCGCUGGCUGCCUACUUCUACCCACCCAAGCACUGGCGCUACGGGGAGGCCAUGUGCCGCCUCGAGCGUUUCCUCUUCAUCUGCAACAUGCUGGGCAGCAUCAUCUUCAUCACCUGCAUCAGCCUCAACCGCUACCUGGGCGUCGUCCACCCCUUCUUCACCCGCAGCCACCUGCGGCCCAAGCACGCCUGGGCCGUCAGUGCUGCCGGCUGGGUGCUGGCGGCCCUGCUGGCAGCGCCCACCCUCAGCUUCUCCCACCUGACGACCCCGCAGCAACAAGGCAACUGCUCCGUGGCCAGGCCCGAGGCCUGCAUCAAGUGCCUGGGGACCGCGAGUGACGGCCACCUCAGGGCCUUCACAGCCUACAGCCUGGUGCUGAUGGCCCUGGGCUGCGGCCUGCCGCUGCUGCUCACCCUGGCGGCCUACGGCGCCCUCAGCCGGGCCGUGCUACGCAGCCACGGCAUGACGGCAGCCGAGAAGAUGCACGUGGCAGUGUUGGUGGCCAGCGGUGUGGUGCUCUAUGCUGGUUCCUACCUGCCCUACUUUGUCACACGGGUGAUCAACGUGUCUGCCCGGCAGCGCUGGACAGCCCGCUGCCCGUCCUUUGUGGACGAGGCUCAGGCUGUGAGGGCACUGGACCUGGGGUCCUACGUGGGCCACCAGGUGACACGGGGCCUCGUGCCCCUGGCCAUCUGCAUCCACCCGCUGCUCUACAUGGCUGUGGCGCCCAGCACAGGCUGCUGCCACCAGUGCUGCCUCGGCUGCGGGGGGGGCCGGGCCUCAGAGACUGCCGAGAGCUCCAGCCGACCCCUGGCCCUCACUGCCACAGCCACCAAGACCUCAGGGCCCCAGUCCCCUGAGCUGAGCCCAUAACCUGACCUAUUUGGAGCUUCCUCCCCACAAGGCACUGGGACCCAGGAGCCGAACGGGUGAGAGCACAGCAAGAUCAAACCACUUCCUCAAAGGAGCAGCGAGCACUCAGGCCAGACGGGCAGUCUGGGCCAGGUUUCUGCCACAGCACUAACCAUGGGCAGGGCUACAGAGGCAAGCCAUGCAGGGGGAGGGGGAGGGCUGCCCCACCACCACAGGUGGGUGAUAUUUAUGUAUAAACAGGACACGCACAGGGCAAUUGGAGCUUUUUUAUUGCCCUUGGUGUUCCCUCCUUGUAGAGGUCGCCUUCUGUUGCCACAGGGUCCUAGGGCCAGGUGCCGAACAGCAGCAGCAGUGACAGCUGGCUUAGUUGGUGGAUGGCCUAGAGAGGAAGACAGGAGUGAUGAGAAGGGAAAGUGUGGGAGCUUCAGGCCCCAAAGGGAGUCCUAAGACCCUCCCACCCCCGCACAAAACUGGAGCCUCAGUGUGGGUGGGGCAAGACAUGGAGCCACACCAUCAGUGACCAGCCUGACCCUGGAUGGCAGUGGCCCCUCCUCAAGAUAAAGGACAAUAAAUGACUUGCACCUC